AUGGGUGCGGACAUGCGGAAUCUCUACAGCCAGGACUGGCUAGACAAAGCACGAAGCGGGAAGGACCAGAUUGAGCCGGCAGGACUGACUGUGAUGGACUCGCAAUUUCUCGCAGCCUGCCUAGUAAACAAAUGGACAACUGUCUUCAUUGCUCUUUUCAUCUGGAGAUACCUUCGCCAGGUGGUCCAUCUUGUCUCCUUCUGGCGGUAUAGACCGGCCAAGAUAUCGGACGAUCCAAGCUUCACGGCAAGGGAUGUGACGAUCAUCCUCCCUACCGUCGAUCCGACGAACGGUCUUUUCACAGAGUGUCUCUUGACCAUCAUCGAAAAUGCACCGAGCCGUGUGAUCGUUGUGACGGCUGGCGAGGCGUUGCGCCUGCAGACGGGGCUUGACACCACGAUCGAUGUCAUUGCCGCGAUGGAGGCCAACAAGCGCCAGCAGGUGGCCUACGCACUUCAGCUGGUCACUACUGCCAUCGUGGCUCUGGUCGACGACCACGUCAUGUGGACGGACAAGUUCCUCACGUUUGCCCUGCCGGCCUUUGACGAUCGUCGCGUCGGCUUGGUCGGCACCAACAAGCGUGUCUUGCGUGAGACACACCACAGCUCCCUCGCGCACCGCAUCCUCAACAUGAUCCAGUGCCUCUACCUGGAGCGUCACAACUUUGAGAUCCGCUCGACCAACGCGGUCGAUGGCGGCGUCUUUGUCGUCUCCGGCAGGACCUGUCUCGUGCGCUCCGAGGUUGUUGUCGGCACGGAUUUCGUCGAGAAGUACACAAAUGACUACUGCUUCUUCGGGCUCAUCGGCCCGCUCGGCGCUGACGAUGACAACUUUCUGACCCGCUGGUGCGUCGCCCACGGUUGGAAGAUCCGCAUCCAGUACUGCCCGGAGACCCUCGUCACUACUACGCUCGGCAGCUCCUUCAAGUUUGCCGGCGGGCUCCGGCGCUGGGUGCGCACCACCUGGCGAUCCAACGCUAUCAGCCUCGUCCAUGUCCAUGUCUGGCGGGCACAGCCGUGGUGUGUCUACGCUGUCUACCUAACAUCCUUUACGAACUUUGCCCUCUUCUACGACAUCGCCCUGAUCUACGCACUGGCUCGCUCGGGCUUCGUGGAUGGGCACUCGUGCGGGGCAUUUGCCUUCGUCCCCGUCGUCUUCUGGAUGGUACUUUUCAAAAUGGUCAAGCCAUUUGCCUACUUUUGGCGCCACCCAGAGGAUGUGAUCCUGAUCCCAGCAUACUUCCUGUUCACCUGGGCCCACUCCUUCAUCAAGCUCAUUUCCACCAUGAAACCAGGACCAGCACUCGCCAUCAUCCUUCUCGGUGGUGCCAGCAACAUUGCUGAUGCAUUCCCGGCUAGCCAUCACCAGCAGUCGAACGCUACCCAACGACGAUACCUGCAUGGCCUCACACGCAUGGCCCAGUCGACGGUCCUCCUGGGUGAUCUGGCCAUUGAUGGGGCAACGACAGAGUCAGGCCAGGCGAUUCAGGCCAUCCUCCAGGGCACGGCGUCGGCCCGGGUUGAGAACGAAGAAACAUACAGACAGCCUUUGGGUGGGCCCCAUGUCAAGGCUUGUCACGAAAACACAUGCUGCGUCUGGAGCCACAUUGUGGCGCAGAUGACGGCGACAUUCCGGUCAGCUGACGGCCGACACUGCACGGCUCUGGCACGGAGUGCGAUCCGCAUGGGCUACCAUGAUGCGGGGGCCUGGAACACGUCGAUGCCACGAUUGUCGGCCGAGGCAGUGGCACACGGCAUCGGAGGCGGCGGUGCGGACGGGUCAAUUCUGCUGUCGGAUGGCGAGCUGAAUCGGACGGAAAAUCGCGGACUGCAGGACAUUGCCCACUUGGUGAUGAGCUGGUACAAUGUCUACCACUGGAGCCAUGGGGUGUCGGCGGCGGAUCUGAUCCAGAUGGGUGCACUUGUGGCCACGACGGCCUGUCCGGGAGGUCCACGGAUCCGUGCUUUUGUGGGCCGUCACGACGUUGAGCCCGGAUCACCACCGCCACCGCAUGGGCUACUGCCACCAUCCUCGUCGGACGCGCCGUGGAUGCUGUACGUGUUCAAGGCCAAGACGCUGUCGCCGGCUGACCUGGUGGCACUUGUGGGGGCGCAUACGGUCUCGCGGCAAUUUUUUGUCGACACGAUGUACGCGGGCCAGGCACAGGACUCGACGCCGGCGGUGUUUGACACGCGGUUCUUUGACGAGACGACGGCGGCCGAGAAGUCGCCCCCGGGCGUCUACAGCUUCCACUCAGACAUGUCGCUGGCGGCAGACCCGACAACGCAGCCGAUUUGGGCGAGUUUCACAGGGGAAAACGUGCACGGCUCAUAG